AUGGAGAUAAGCACAAUUAUACCCCCAACUGAAUCGAGAACAGUAAUUAUUACAACAAAAUUUGAUGAAAAACUCAAACAAAAACGAAAGAGACGAAAAACUAUUAUUGCUGCUGGAUUUGCUGUAGUUCGUCGUAUUGAUAAUUCCGAAUUUAAAAAGUCAAAGAUGGAUAAGCGUACAUUUGGUGGUAUUGUCCUAUCAAACGGCUUGACAGCCCUAUUAAUUAGCGAUCCAACAACACCUAAAUCAUCUGCUGCUUUAUCAGUAUUUGUUGGCUCAUGGCAAGAUCCCAUCGAGGCACAAGGACUGGCUCAUUUUCUUGAGCACAUGUUAUUUAUGGGCACAAAAAAGUAUCCAGAUGUAAAUGAGUAUAGUGACUACAAUCAACAGCAUGGUGGUAAUCGAAAUGCAUUUACUACAGACGAACAAACUGUCUAUUUUUUUGACGUCAACAAAAAUGCAUUUCCAGAAAUGUUAGAUCGUUUCGCUCAAUUUUUUGUCUCUCCGUUACUCACAAAAAAAUGGUAUGAUAAAGAAAUGGAAGCAGUGAACAGUGAAUAUUUAAAUGCAAAAUCGAACGAUGUAUGGAAACAAAUUUUCAUACUGAAAAACUCAUCAAAUCCAAAAUUUCCCUAUUCACGACUGAAUGUUGGCACAUUAGACAUCUUGAAAAGAGAAAACAUUGGCGAUUUGUUGAAUAACUUUUAUCAAAAAUAUUACACAUCUAAAAAUAUGAAAUUAGUUAUCAUUGAACUGGAACAACUCACAGUUAAAUUAUUUUCUGAAAUUCCUACUGGGCUUCCUCAGGAUGAAUUUUUAAAUUUCACUGGUGAAUUACCAUUCUUAAAUACGCAUCUCCAGCGUCAAAUAUUAAUAUUACCCAAUAAAGAGUUUCACCAAAUGACUGUCUACUGGGUUUUACCAUCGAUGCUGAAAGAAUAUCAGAGUGAACCGUUGACAUUUAUCGACUAUUUGAUGACCUACGAUUGCGAUGGAUGUUUGUUUGUUUUUUAUACAAAUUCAGCUGAACUUAAAGGUGUCUCACAAUGGCGAGAAUUUUGGUUGAUGAUGCAAAAAACUGCAAUGUUAGCACACACAUUCAGAGAGAGAAGGAGAUCGAUUGAUGAGAGUGCCGAUUUAGCAUUCGAUCUUCAACAAAAACCAAUGACCCUCGUAUUAAAAAAUCCAGAACAGUAUAUUUACGAUGAAUCAAAAUUUUUACGACUUUUAAACAUGUGCUCACCGGAUAACAUGCAAUUGCACGUCGCCAGUAGUUCAUUUCAGCGACUAAAUCUGACUUGGAACACUGAACCGUGGUUGGGUGCGAAGUUUAUCAACGAAAAAAUUCCACCACUUCUUGCUCAACGAUGGAAGUAUCUACGUUUUGACUCAAAUAACAAUACUUAUGGACUCAGUUUUUUUUUGUUACAUAAUCCGUAUUUUGACCAAAUUCAGAAGAUAAUCGAUACCAAUGUAAUCAUUUCUACGGUAAAUGUAACUUAUUGGCCGCUGCCUAUUUUGAAUAAUUAUGGUCUAGUUGUUUGGCAUCAAUUAGAUACGGAAUUUCUUCUGCCCAAAACAUUAUUUUUUACCCGUUUUUCAUCUAAUCUGAUACCCGACAAUCCUGAACUGCAAAUGUUUUUGAAUGUCUACUCGGAACUGUUGAAGGAAUCGUUGAAAAUCGAGAAAUAUUAUGCCGGAUUAUUGGGAAGUACCUUUAUCGUUAACACAAAUGACAAUGGAAUGACAUUAGAAGCAAUGACAUGGAACAGAACAAGAGAGUUAAGACGAGUGUUCAUUGACUCUAUCGUGCAAAUUGAAAUAUUUGGUCAUGGAGACAUGAAUAGUACAACGCUAAAAGAUUAUGCACAAACGUUGGUAAUGAAAGCGAUAUAUGAUCAAGGUUAUCAACUUGCUUUGAUUCAAAGUGCCGUUCUGAAAACAGCUGUACAACUCCGAAUACCCAAUGACGCUGAAGGUGAUGAACGAAUUGAAUUAUUUUUACGAGAUUACUACCAUAAAUUUAUUCAACAAAAGAGCGAACAACAAUUUCAACAGGAAAAACAGACGUUAAUUCAGCUCAAGAGAGCGCCAUUCUUAACCAUGGCAGCUCGUGCAGCAGCUAACUGGCAACAAAUAUAUUCCCAAAAUUUGGAUUUUGACCGAACUGAUAAAGAGGUGGCAGCCAUUGAAAAUGCGACACUCAUCGCUUUUCGACAAUUUUACGAACAAUUUUUAUUGUCAAACCAAAAUCGAUCAAAAUUGGCUAUACAACUAUUUUCACAGAAUUAUUCGAGGACUUCAUUACCUGACGCAUCCGGUUAUGCUAAAGCAACCGUAAUAUUGAAGGACGAAGACGCUCACCAACAAAGGCAAAACUGGACAAAAUGGCAGUUUGUGCCAAAAUAUCCUAUUCAAAACUUUGAAUAA